ACAUAUCCUUUUAUCUAUAUAUAUUCAUGGCUACAAGCAUUUAGGACUCAAACAAUUCACUUCCUAAAGCAUUCAAAAAUUCAAAAGCUUGUUUUGAAGACUUUUCCCAAACCAUUCUCUUCUCAAGUUUCUAACACAUCAAUACAGAUAUGGGUUUUGGUUUACCUGGUAUCAGAAAGGUAUUAUUUGCAGCCAAUCAAGCAUCUUCAAAAGCAGUGGAUGCACCAAAGGGCUACCUUGCAGUCUAUGUUGGAGAGAAGAUGAAGCGGCUCAUGAUCCCUGUUUCUUACUUGAACGAACCUUCAUUCCAGGACUUGUUGAGUCAAGUUGAGGAAGAGUAUGGAUAUGAGCAUCCCAUGGGUGGCCUCACCAUUCCUUGCAGUGAAGAUGUCUUCCAACAUAUUACUGGUUGCUUAAAUGGACGAUAAAUCUCACACCUUCAGAUGCUAACAUAGACUAGAAUUGACAUUUUUGUAAAUUGGGCAUCUUCUCAGCUUGUAAAGAGCCUUUUUCUCAAGAUAGGGAAAUAUAUAAAUUUUUUAUGCUUAUCGAAUUUAUUGUUGAAGCAUCU